GAGAUUUGGCUGUCAUAUAUAUAUUUAAAAAAAAAAAAAAAAAAAGGACACGUCCAAUGAAACAGGAGCAAAAACUUGGCGAAUAUCCCGCGAGGCAGUUUGGAGAAGACCGCACCCGGAGUCUGACCACUGCUUUCUGUGUGUUGGUGGCUCUGUUUAGGGAACCAUGACCAGUAAAUUGGAUAUUCCUCUUCAUGGACCUUCGGUCAACAUUGUGAGACAGUGUGGAUCUGCUCUGAGUGACAUCAUACAAAGCAAAUUUGGAUGUGUGGCCAUUAUCGAUGGCGUGAGUUUUGAAGAAGACCUGAGCAAUGUGCAGCAGAGAAGGUCAACUGUUGUCCCAAAAAAAAAGUGUGACUUUACACUGCGUGCAGGUAUUAAGGUGUCUGUGUGGAAGGCUGAUCUCACCAAUUUCCAGGUGGAUGCUGUUGUGAAUGCUGCUAAUGACCAACUUAAGCAUUAUGGUGGGCUUGCUUCAGCUCUGUGCUCCGCUGGUGGUCCACAAAUCCAACGACAGAGUGAUGAUCACAUCAGAGUGCACGGUAACCUGAAAACGGGAGAUGCAAUCGUCACUGAUGCUGGGUCACUACCAUGCCGCAAGAUAAUUCAUGCUGUGGGUCCCCAACUGUUCGCACAUCACAGUAAAUAUGAUGUUGAUCGUGCUGAACCGCUGUUAGAGAAGGCCAUCAGGAGCAUUCUUGACAGAGUUAAAGAAAACCAUCUGAAUACUGUUGCUAUUCCUGCUAUAAGCUCCGGACUGUUCAACUACCCCCUGCCGCAAUGUGCAGACACCAUAGUGAAAACCUUGAAAGAGUACUAUGAAUUCUCUUCAGGAUAUUUUCCUAAAGAGAUCAUGCUUGUGAACAAUGAUGAUCCUUCAGUCAAUGAAAUGGAGAGGGCCUGCGCUCAGAUAUUAGGCUCCCAUGCUCCUGUGACAUACAGUCAACCAACAGCGCAAGGCUGGAGCAAAGGUAGUGCCAACACCUCAGCACUUAAUGCCCAGAUUGAAAAUGUCCAUGUCACACUGAAGAGGGGUUACAUUGAGGAACAGCGGACGGAUGUCAUUGUAAACACAGUAACAAGCCGAGACCUGAACCAAGGUCAAAUCUCCAAAGCUUUACUGCAGAAAGCUGGUAAUGGGAUGCAACAAGAAAUGAAUGCAGUUUACAGCAACAAGAGAGGAUAUAUGGUCAUCACACAUCCCUACAAGCUACAGUGUAAAGAGGUGUAUCACACGAGUUGCACUGAAAACUAUCGAAGCCCAGCACAGCAGACUCUUUCCAGUUCAGUAUUGGAUUGCUUAUUGACGGCACAAGCAAAAGGCCAUAAGUCAAUUGCUUUUCCUGCCAUCGGCACCGGAGGCCUCGGGUUCAAGAAAAAGGAAGCUGCCUGUGCCAUGUUAGGAGCAGUGAAAGAAUUCGCCACAAAGCUACUUAAGAUGGAGGUUUAUUUUGUCAUAUUUCCUUCUGAUGAUGAGACGUUUAAGGCUUUUGAGGAACAAAUGAAACAACUCAAGGAAAAGACAUCUCAUCCCAGCUUCACACAUGAAACUGAGCGCAGAGAUGACUUCCAUGGCAGCAGAGCUCCCCCUCCACAGAUCACCCUGAGGGCAUCCUCUGAUGCAGCGACACGCGAGGCUGAACGAUGGCUCCAGGGCCUUCUCUUUGGAUCCCCUGGCGCUGUCGUCAUCAGCAACAACUUCAUCCAGCACUUCGGCGAAGAAGAACAUCGGCAGCUAUCCCGGCUAAUGAAAAAGGCUGUUUCCAUUGAGGAGCUCUUUCAGAUUGGCCGUGCAAGCAUAAUUGUACACGAGGGUUUAAAUGAAGAUGUUGUAGUUGCUGCGUUGCAAGUGGAGGCCAUGCUUUGCAACAUCCAGAGGAAGUUUAUCGCAGAGGAAGAGUCUGCCAUGUUUCUGAUCUCGCGUCAGGAUGUGUCCUUUGAAAGAAAGAUGAUUGAUUCCUCCUACCCCGAGUUCUCAGUCAGGUCAUUUGACUUCACAUCUAGGGAGCUGGACGUAGUGAAGGUGGAAAAAGUGGAGAACGCUGCACUGAAGAUGUUGUUUGACCUCAAGAAAAAACAGCUAGGCUGCUCCACUUCUCAAAAAAUGUUUCAGUGCAUAUCUGCACAGUUCUGUGAGAUGGUUAGCCAUAUUGGAUUCCAUGCAGAGUACGCACCACCUGAUGACCCUGCAUGUGGAGAGGGUAUCUACUUUGCCCGCACAGUGAGAAAGGCCAUGGAGGUGUGGAAGCAGCCUGACAACGAGUAUCUGCAUUUCGUUGAGGCCGAGGUGGUGACAGGAAAGUCCUGCCCUGGUAAACCAGGUCUCAUUUUGCCACCCGCUGUGGGGUCAGACCCACAGAUUCGGCAUGACAGUGUGAGUGGAGGACCUGAUAUCUCGGUCAUAUUCAGUGGUUAUCAAGCUCUGCCCACGUACAUUAUCACCUGCAAGAGGUUCCGAAGAUAAUUUUCUUAAACUUUAGCAGAUGCAGGAAUGCUAGAAUAGUGCUAGAGAAAACUAAACAAUUAGAGUUUGAUUCUUCUAAAACAAGUUGAAGUGCAUUCUUAAUGAAUGUAUUUACUAUAGGAAAGAAUUGGCUGUUGCACUUGAAAUCAUAUAAUGGAGACCGAUACCACAUGUCAUGUCACAUAAAUGUCAAAGAGGAAUCACAAAUGUUCAGAUAUUUUUCUUAUUUUCUAUAAAUCCUUUUUAUCCAGCUUAAAUUUCGUUUUUCAUUCUAACUUUUUUUUUUGAUUAACAUAUAUUUUACAUAGCAGCACGAUCAUUUGUCUAUCAAUCAAACAUUCAACUUUACAAAUUCACUGUGUUAUAGCAAUAGCAUACCUUUAACAAUAUUAAUCAUUUUAGUGGCACAUAAUACUAUAGGUGCAAAUAUCACUGGGGCAACUUAUUCUACCAAGUUUUAUGUUGAUUUCAUUUAAUUAAGAGGACUACAGGUUGACACAUAGGGGAUUUGCAUUAAAGAUGAUUGUAACCUAAUUGUUAAAUGCUGACAAAAUCAAAUUGUGUGUGAUGCUGAUAUACCAAUAAAAUGUUAAAAAGUUG